AUGGCGGACAAUGGCUCUCCAACCCCCCAAUUCCUCGCGCCGCCGGCCGUUACGGCCUUGCGGCAGGAGGCUCGGAACAUCAACCCGGUCAUGACACGGACGUUAAGUGAAGACAUGCGCGAGGAGCGGGAAGACUUGAAAGAAGCUGCCGAACAGACCUUGAACAUCAUCGUGGAUCUUGACCUGGAGGGCCGUAUCAAGUGGGUGAGCCCGUCAUGGCGACAAGUCGUUGGCUCCCCUCCCGAAUCGGUCGAGGGCCGUAUGAUCUCGGAGAUUCUGGUUGGCAAUAAAAAUGUCUUUCGCGACGCGAUCGAGGUGAUGAAGGAGGAUGAUUCGCGUAGUCGAUUCAUUCGCUUCUCCGUGCAGAUGGGGCCGGAUUCGGUUCUCAGAUACGCGCCAGAACCGCGUCCGAUCGAGUCGGAGAAUGAUACGAAGCGGGAAGGAAAGAGCCCCGAGGAGAAGACUACGGAGACGGAGCCUUCGCAGGUCGAAGGCGAGGAUAACCAUGAUGUACUGACCAUGGAGGGUCAAGGUAUCAUGGUGUACGACCGGACAGAUGAUGAGGCCGGACAUUCCAUGUGGAUGCUCCGACCGCUCACCGAACCCCGCGAAGUGACCAUCGAUCUGCCACCUCAGCUUGUAGAGUCACUUGGUGUUGGCGCAGAAGUCCUGGCAAACUACCUGACCGAACUCGCAGAGGCCGCAGCCAACGAACCGGAUCCCUCAAAACACCCUGCCCCGACGCCGGUUCUAUGUCGUAUUUGCGAACGCCAAAUCACCCCGUGGUGGUUUGAAAAACACUCUGAUCUUUGCCUGCAGGAACAUCGGGCGGAAAUGGAUGUUCAAAUUGCGCAGGAGAACCUCAACGAACACCGUCACGCGAUCGUGAGAGUGCUGGAUGCGUUGGAGGCUCGACAAGGAAGGCCGUUGAUCGGCACCGAUGGCAACAUCCAACCCCUCAUCCAACCAGAGUAUAAAGGCCUGCCCAUCGGCCCAUCGCCUGUCAGCUCGACACCAUCAUCAGCACCACCCUCUGGCUUGAGCUCGGCACCUGGGACACCACCCCGCUCUCGCGACCAUUCAGCCUCUGGCAUUAUCACUCCAGGACGCCCCCGGGCGUUCACUGUUCGACGACCGCUGGCUCGCAUUGUCGAGCUGGUUCUCGAUCUCUGUGAUACCGCGCUGGAGAUCAGUAUGCCUGUGAUCAAGGAGUCACAGCGCCCGGAGAAUGGGGAGGAAUUCAGAACCUUGUCACCGCAAUCUGAAUCGCGAAUCUCUCAGGUGCUUCAGUGGUCGUCUCCUAGUUCUAACACUCUGGAACAGGAACAGGGUCUAGCUGCCCUGGCUGGCGACACAGAAGAGAUUGCAAAGGCCAAAGUGGACGCUGUUGUUCGUCAUCGCAAGAUUGUUGAAUACGCAGAGCGCAUUCGCAUCGAAUAUACCGUUCUGGUGGAAGAGUGUAUUACAGCUGCCUUGAGUAAGGCAGAGAGGAUAGCUGCCGGUCAACUAAGUGAUUCCACUUGCUCUUCUGACGAGGAGAUGUCACAGGACGCCGCUUUUGCCAGUGAUGCAGAUGUCAGCACCGCCGGGGAGAGAGACGAGUUGAUGUUCGUCCCGAGUCAAGAACCGCUGGCAUCUCACUCUCACCCGUUCCCCGCAGCUCCCACUCCGCGCAAACCUGCGACAUCGGCUCUUACGAUGUCUAUGCGCAAUUCUCCCGAUCGCGCACUUCUUGCGCAAGGCGAGAACCGAUCAUCGUCUGUCGCGGUAUCUACUGGGUCUAAUAGCCCCUUGGAAUGCCCGACUCCCCGGUCUCACAAGAGUGCAGCUGGCCUGUUGGGCACUUCACAGCCCACACGACGGGGUCUUUCGCUGGCCGAUAUCGACGCGGGUGAUAGUAGCGAUAGCAGCAUGCCCUCAACGUCCGCUUUCGCUAGCGCCAUGCGAACAGAUUCGCCUUCCUCGGAGAGGAGCUUUGACCGUAAGCGUAGAAGCCUGGUGCUUCCGGGCCUGUCGAGUUCGCCCCGUCGACAGCCCUCUCCUGCUCGGGUUUCGGGCCCUCAUUCCCCACUGCGAAUGCCAAAGCCUCGACUGUCUCAUGGCGCAGACAGCCUUCCUUCACCCAUUGUGUCUCCCUCUACAUAUGCUAGCGAGCUGGCGCAUCACCAUCGCCAUCAUCGCCGUCAGUCCUCAGCAACAUCUUCAGAAGUUCUAAAACUGCCGCCAUCACCACGUCUGCCGUCCGUUAGCCAGCAGCCUCGGCCUGCGCCGCCGUCCAUCAAGGACUUCGAGAUUAUCAAGCCCAUCAGCAAAGGUGCUUUCGGUAGUGUCUAUCUGUCCAAGAAGAAGUCCACGGGCGAAUACUUCGCCAUCAAGGUGCUGAAGAAAGCAGAUAUGAUUGCCAAGAAUCAGGUUACCAAUGUGAAGGCGGAACGAGCGAUCAUGAUGUGGCAGGGCGAGAGCGACUUUGUCGCCAAGCUCUACUGGACCUUCUCGAGCAAGGAAUAUCUCUAUCUGGUUAUGGAGUAUUUGAAUGGAGGUGAUUGUGCUUCCCUGGUCAAAAUUCUGGGCGGUCUUCCCGAAGAUUGGGCCAAAAAGUACAUCGCAGAGGUGGUGCUUGGAGUCGAGCACCUGCACAACCGUGGGAUUGUUCAUCGCGAUCUCAAACCGGAUAACCUUCUGAUUGACCAGACGGGACACUUAAAACUAACUGACUUUGGUCUUUCCCGUAUGGGUCUAGUUGGUCGUCAGAAGCGUGUGCUGAAGAGUCCGAAUGAGCCCGCUCCCGAUCUCCUCAAGCAGGGUCCGUUCCCUCGGGCCAUUUCCAUAGCGUCUUCUCGGUCGGCAUCGUUCGACUUCCAAGCCGCUUCCUCACCUGGUUCUACACCAUUGAUUACUCCAGACACUGCGGCAAAUGUUCAGCCAUCCUACUUCAGUCUCAAUCAGAGCGGUCUCAGUCGACAGAGCUCUCGCCGCGCGUCGGGCUAUCGCAGUGACAGCGCUGGUAGUGACAGCUUGAACGGCAUGUUCAGAACAUUCUCGCUCAAUGAUCCUGGAAGUGAACUCGCCACCGCAUCACCCAAUGUGCUCUCCACGAGUCUGGCGGAGGAGGAAGAGCAGAGUGACGCAGGCGAGUCUCCUCACCUUUAUCCCCUGCAGCCAACGUUCAGCAAUCCCUUGAUGCACAGCACGCCGCCGCCGCAGAGUAUGCUUCCGCCUGUAAUGGCACUGUUCGAUCCCGAGGACCAUGACCGUCGCUUUGUCGGAACCCCCGACUAUUUGGCCCCCGAGACAAUCAAUGGCAUUGGACAAGAUGAGAUUAGUGAUUGGUGGUCCUUGGGUUGCAUCAUGUUCGAAUUUAUUUUCGGCUACCCUCCCUUCAAUGCCCCGACUCCCGACGAAGUGUUCGAGAACAUCCUACAAAGGAACAUCAACUGGCCUGAUGACCCCGAGGAGUAUACCACUCCCGAAGCGUUGGACCUGAUGAACAAGCUCCUGGCAUUGGAUCCGCGUGAGCGCAUUGGUGCUAAUGUGGACGAGAAGUUCCCGAAUGGUGGUGCCGAGAUCCGUCAUCAUCCCUGGUUCGCUGAUAUCAAUUGGGAUACUUUGUUAGAGGACAAAGCACAGUUUGUGCCCAACCUUGAGAACCCCGAGGACACAGAGUACUUUGAUACUCGUGGUGCGACCUUGCAAGCUUUUGCAGAAGAGAUGGAAGACGAGCCGUCGCCCCAGGGUCAAUCGACUUCUGGAUCCUAUCCCGAUCGGCCCCACGAUGCCCUGUUCAAGGUGCGCUCUCAGGUCAACUCGAUGAAGCGCCCGUUGAUGCCGCUGCACAUCCCACCUCAUGUUCGCGAUGCCCGGGAUUCGCGGAGCCGGAGACUGAGUGAGCCAGCAUUGGCCGACGACUUUGGCAGUUUCAACUUCAAAAAUCUUCCCAUGCUCGAGAAAGCGAACAAGGAUGUCAUUCAGAAGAUGCGUCAAGAGGCCAUGCAAGCACAGCAUCGUCAAUCUACUUCGUCUUCGGCUGCUCAGACACCGAUGACGGCCUCGCAGCCUUCUUUGGAAAGUAGCCCACUGCCAAUGUCGCUGCAACGGACUCUGUCCCAGACGAAGGGGAACAACCGGCCCUCGUCACCUUCCGGUCUCAGCCAGGCCAAUUCAUCGCCAAGCCGACCUUCCCAGCCCUCGUCUCCAUUGCUGGUUCAGUUUAGCACUGGCACCAACCACGAGAGACGCAAGACUUCUGGGUCUUCUUCCACUGCUUCACACCAGUCUAGCGGCAAUUUCCAGCCCUCAUCCGCGGACCAAAACCGGGUGCCGAAUCUUCGUCUUGGCUCGGUCGCAUCGUCUCCCGUCAAGGCCAAUCGAAUCCCUGCACACUCUCCGGAUAAGCAUCCAUCGAGCCAACGGCAUGGGAGUGCUCCCGCCAGUCGAGCACGCUCACAGACCAUCGGAUCGCAAGAUGGAGGUGAAUUCCCUGGACUGAUCAAGGAGCCUUUUGUUCCGUCCCACCACAAGCGUCGCAGUCAGCUUUUCGACAUUUCACCCUCGUCGUCUGACAAUGAGGACCCACGCACCAAAGCCUUGCUCAAAGUCCAGCGCCGCCGCCAAAGCUCUCGGCGUCUUUCGCAAUUUAAUAUUCAGGAUGGCCCGUUCUUCCGCCCCCUGGAUAUUCUCAUUUGUGAAGACCACCCCGUGUCACGUCUUGUAAUGGAACGUCUGUUCGAAAGACUCCGUUGCAGAACCAUCACAGUCACGAAUGGCGCCGAAGCCAUGCGAUAUGCUUUGAGUGAAGUGCAAUUUGACAUUAUCAUGACGGAGUUCAAGCUUCCUCAAGUCAAUGGUGCUGAUUUCGCACGGAUGGUGCGUGAGACUCGCAGUGCCAACAGACACACUCCCAUCGUUGCGGUGACUGGCUACUUGAAGGACCUUCCCGAGACUCAUUACUUCGAUGCGCUCAUUGUGAAGCCUCCCACGCUGUCCAAGCUGACCGAAGCUCUCUGCAAGUGGUGCAUGUGGAAGCCACCACCAAAGGAUUACAACCCGUCCUCUCAACCGCUUGCCGUGUCAAUGCCAACUGGUCGGCAAAACCCACUGUCGAAUGAUGAUAGCCCCAGCUCGGCUUCGUCCGGGUUCGUGCCACACCCGCCCAGCUCGUACAGAGGCUCCAGCCGCGAUGACUCGGUGAGUAGCAGCGUGUUCGGUGACAUGGAGUCUAUCAAACCAGAUGAGGUACCUGUGAUCAUCAGCCGGAAUCACGAUGACUGGGACCAAGGUCAUGGGGGACUUGGUAUCUCCGAGGAUGCACAUCCUGGUAGUCCUGAUCCCAAAGCUGUCCCGGUCCCGCAUCUGCUCCAUGCGGCCUCUGCACCUGCCGCCAUGGAUGCCAGUGGUGCGUUGACGCCGCGGAAACAACGCUCCAGUGAAGCAAUCCGCGCCAAACGGGAGUCCUUGGAGAAAAAGCGCUACGAAUGUGCUGAGUCUGGCGACGACGAGGAUGAAGAGCUAGGCCAUUCGCAAUCCCGUCGCAGCCCACCGGCUCGCAGCCGUCGUCCUGGUUCCAAGCUUGGUAUCGAAAUGAUGCGCACCAAUAGUCGUGGCAGUGUCGUCAGUGGCAGUGAAGAGCUUCUCAAGAAGGAGCGAGAGGCAAUGCGCAAGGCUGGCGAAUCCGACACCGAUGAAGGGCUUUUGGGGUCCCCCGCUAGCACGAGUCUUGAAGAACGUUUUGAAGGCAUGAGCAUUCCUGAGGAAUCUGAAUAUGAUGAACCCCUGAGCCCUCGAGACUCGCCUCCCGAGCAUCAGUUAUCACCUUCUCGCCGGCGACCUUCUCUUGCGCAUCACGAUACCUCGAUCUACUCCGGGCCAACUUCUCAUCCGAGUGAUUCCAAAUCCAGCUUGGAAGGGUUGAAGCAAGGCCAAACCACGCCACCCGGCGAUCUUUCCAGGGGUGCGAAUGCCGGUCUUGGUGUUACUCCCAUCACCCCGGAGGUGAAGAUCUCUGACAACGCGUCGAAUGCAGAGGGUGGCUCGGGCGGAGACACCGAUACCAGUCCUACGCCGGACGCCGAGGCCACGCCCCGUCCUUUACACCCAUCCCCAAAUCUGGACGCUGAGCAGACUCCUCGCGCACCGGACCGCUACCGAUCAAGCUUGCCCACCUUCAAACGGUAG